AGCGCUGCCUCGCUAUAUUUGUCAGCAGCUGUCAUUUACUGCUGCCACAUCAGGAUUUCCAGAAGAGGGGAGGUCUCGGGCUAAAUUUACUUUAAAUAUCCCUUCAACUGUGCUGGCUGCAAAUGUUCAGGGGACUGGCUGCAAAACCAGCGUCUUCAUUAUAAGGACUCAAUCAGGACUGAGGAAAAAAAAAAAAAACUACUUGUGUUGACAUCACUCCUGAUCUGGGGUAUUUAUCAUCAUGUCAAACGAAGAUGUGGAAGCCAUCCCUCCCAGUUCCUCCCCAGCGAUGCUGGAUGAGACCACCAAAGAGUAUUUGUUCAGCACAGACGAGGGGACCCUGAGUAAGGCCUCUGCAGAAGCACAGGUUCCCACAGCACACCUAGACAUAGGGCCUGAAGGGCUCAGCUUCUACAACAUGGACCUCUACGAGUCACGGGAAAGGCUGGAUAUCUUCACCGAGGAGCUGUCUUCCAGCAGGACAGAGGACGAGCAGUUUACAGCGAUGGAGGAUUCCAACGAAAGCCGUCCGAGAACGGAGGAGGAGGAGUAUGACCUUUACACGGCCGAAGUGAGCGAGAUGGCAAGGCAGUACGGGAUCUGGGACGACAAGGAGGACAUGGAAAUGGGGUUUCAAACCCAGGAACCCUUUGUGAUGGUCACGCAGAAACAGGAGCCUGCCGUCCUAGACAUCAAGACUUGGGGUGAAGAGCCUGUCAAGGGUGAACCCAAGGAGAGGGGUGCUGGGGAGAAGAGAGACAGCAUUCAUAAAACGCCUGCAGUCGAUGAAGGAGGUUCGAUGGAACAUCACGAGCCUUGCUAUCCCUCAGAGGGGGAUGAGCCCCAAUCGCACGAGCAGUAUGUUGGACAAAGACAAUAUAGUGAAGAGGCUUUCAAGGAGGAGGAGUGGGAGGAGGAGGGUUCACAGGCUAUGAAGGCUUCCCGUGGAGAUACUCAGAUUGGGGAGUUUGUCGGCUUCUCUGCAAAAACCCAAGAAGAUCUUACCAUGGAUAUGGACAACCCUGAAGACGCGUUCAGAGCGAGCGAGCACACGCAUGACCUAGAGGAGGAGCAGCCAGGAGCACAGGCAGGUGGAGAGGAUGAAGUCCCAGAUGUAUUCUGCAUGGAGUGUAAAAUCGCAAUCAGAGCCUUUGACAAGGUGUUCGGCUCUCACAAGGAUCAUCAAGUCACUAAACUGUCAAUCGCCGCAGAAGACACUAAGGUUGAAAUUCAUAAAACUAUGUGCAAGUUAGAAGAACAGAUAGCUCAAAUGGAAAAUUUUGCAAGCCAUUUGGAGGAGAUUUUCAUCACUGUUGAGGAAAAUUUUGGGAGACAAGAACAGAACUUGGAACAGCAUUAUAACGAAGUCAUUCAAACACUCACCCAGAGAUACGAGGACAAGACCUCGGGGCUGGAGGACGAGAAGAAACAGAAAUUGGAGAAGUUGUAUAGCCAGCUGGUGAACUGUGGGAAAACCCUGGAUAUUUCAAAGGAUUUGAUAGAAGCUGCUCAGGAGAUCUGCAGAAAUGAAGACAAGCUUGCCUUCCUUCAGGUUGCUGUACCCACUGUGGAGAGGAUAGAAGAAUACACUGCCUCCGAUCCAGACCUCAAGUUAUCAGCAUCCUUGGAGUUUGAAAACGAUGCUAUUGAUUUUUCUGAUGUCAGGCAGAUGAUGGAUUCCAUUAACAUCGUUCCAGCCCCAUCUGCUCCAGUGAUAAACCCCCAGACUCCGAAUUCGUCCACCAGUACUUCUGUGCGGGUGUGCUGGAGCUUGUUCUCGGACGACACUGUGGAGUACUAUGAGUUGUAUUACAAACCCGUGCUGGAAGGCACGACAGCAGAUGAGAAUGAAGAACAGGAUGCAUCGAUGGUUAAGGUGAAAGAAACGUACUGCACGGUGUUGAAUUUAGUACCGAAUACACAGUACAAGUUCUGGGUGACCGCAUUGAACACCACUGGCAUCAGCCCUGCCAGUGAAAGAGCAGUCUACAUGACUGUGCCGUCACCUCCGGUUAUCAAGAAGAAACUGUGCAGAAGCUGUCCGAACGCAGCAUUAAUUCGCUGGGAGUCGGGUAACACAAACCCAGUGGACUCUUACACAGUGGAACUCUGUGAAAUAAGCAGAGAGAGGAGCGAGACCGCUGUCACAGAAUCCAUAGUUGGAAUCCCUACAUAUGAAUCAGUAAUUCAGUUGCUGUCAGGACGGAGCUACCUAAUCUAUGUAAGAGCUGUUAAUAUAGGCGGACCCAGUGAAAGAAGUGACCCUGUCAUCAUUUAUACAACAGGCACUUUCUUUCGUCUGAAUGAGGACACGGCACACCCCUCCCUUGCCAUUUCAGAGGAUGGAUUCACCAUGUUCUAUGGGGAUGAAUAUACAGAAUUAAAUGACAUAACCUUCAGUGAUAACACCUUCUCCAGAUGUGUUGCCAUAAUGGGAGAGCUAAUACCAAUUAGAGGAAAGCAUUACUGGGAAGUAGAAGUGGAAGAACACACAGAAUACCGGAUCGGCGUGGCGUACGAAGACACACAGAGAAAUGGAUACCUUGGUGCAAACAACACCUCCUGGUGCAUGAGGCACGUCAUGACACCGUCAAGGCACAAAUAUGAAUUUUUGCACAAUGGAUCAACUCCAGAUAUCCGAAUUACAAUGCACCCGAAGCGCAUUGGAGUGUCUCUAGACUACGAAACAGGGAAACUUGCGUUUUUUAACACAGGUCUUUCACAGCAUAUCUACACAUACAAGUGUCACUUUCUGCACUAUGUACACCCUUGUUUUGCAUUAGAGAAGCCUGGAGCUCUGACUGUGCACAACGGCAUUGAAGCUCCUGAAUACAUUACAUUCUCAUGAACAGGCUUAGUGUAGAGCGAUGCACUUAAAUACGAUAUUUGUAAUACUAGCUGACUAUUUCAAAUUUCCAAAAUGCUCUAGCCAGUCUUGUAUGAUGUAAUAUGGUGAACAUAGCAGGCUAAUACUUAUGGCAUAAAUGCCUACUUUAUCACAGUAGCUUACUUUAAUGCAGCAACUAUAACUUGCAAUGUAAGAUGUUUGCCCCUUUGUAAUUUAUUAUUUCCCCAUGCACAUGAUUUCAGCUUUCAAAUGCCUUUGAAAAACAUCUUUAGUCAAGAAUGUGACAGGAUUUUUUAUUUACUGUAUUUGUAAAGAAUAAAAGCAUUCAUCCGCCAUCAUAGAAAUGCUUUACUGUAAGCCACAUAUUUGAUAUGCAUUCUACAUUGUAACCAAUGUUUUAUCCUGGCAGCUCAAAG